GGACACUUGCCGUUGUCAGGCUGGCGGCUAUCGCAGAUCGGCCUCAUCAUUUCCCAAGAAGUAUGUCAGUGGGCCCUGCCGUAGUGAGCAAACUCAAUGUCCGGCAUCUCUCCGGCCUGGUCUUGGUGGACCCAUUCCAAAAGAAUGGGAGCACCCCGCUUACUGGAGACAUGAAUCAUGGGGUAUGGGCUGAUGGAGGCUAACAGAGGCAACGGCUCGCGAUCUUGCUACCGGAAUCAAUCUUUCGUGAAGGACUUCAUAUAGAAUUCGCAGCAACUAGGUCGUGAUCGAUCUUGAAGUUGCAAGUCUCUCUUCCUUCCAAAGGUUUGUUCACCAGAAAAUAUCGACGAUGUCCACCAACGGUGUCAAUGGUCACUCGAACGGGACCUCUCAUACAAAUGGGGCGACCAACGGAAGUACCUACGAUCUGCCACCUUUCUACAAGCCCACGCCAGCGGAUAUCGAGAUCAACAAUCACAAAGAUGGCGACAAAGGCAAGAUACUCUUUCAGAAUGUCAAUAUCUUUGACUCCACCGGAUCCGAUAUCUAUCCAGGUGAUGUACUCAUCGAGGGAGAAAGAAUAACACAGGUUGGCAAGGUCGACUUCACCCCCAACGAUGACACCCUCGUCAUUGAUGGCAAGGGCAAGAAGACCUUGAUGUCCGGUUUGGUUGACGCUCAUACACAUCUGAGCUGGAACAACUCUCCUACGCUCGAUGGCCUUACCAGUCUACCCCUCGAAGAACACGUUCUACAUACUGCUCAUUCUGCUAAGACGUACUUAGAUUGUGGCUAUACAAUGUGCUUCGGUGCUGCAUCAGCUCAAAAACGACUGGAUGUGGUUAUCAAGAAUGCUAUCAAAUCUGGCAUGAUACCUGGACCUCGUACACUUAGCAAUUGCCAGGAGAUAUCAACGACAGGAGGAGCCAUCGUCCCCAGUAUUACCAAAUUCGCAGACGGUGAAGAUGAAAUGAGAAAAGUGGUUCGUGAAUUCCUCUCGUACGGAGUGGACAAUGUCAAGCUUUCCAUGACCGGAGACUACGUCCACGAAUUCAUGGGCUCAGAAGAGACAUACUUCACUCUAAAAGAAACAAAGGCUGCUGUAGAAGAGGCUCACGCCCGUGGCAAACGCGUCUGUGGCCAUUGCAGAUCGAAAGAGUCAGUCAAGCUAGCCUGCAUGGCCGGAAUCGACGUCAUCUACCAUGCCAGCUUCACAGAUGAGGAAGGCAUGGAAAUGCUGGAGCAGAUUAAGGACAGAGUCUUCGUUGCCCCUGCCAUAAAUUUCCCAUUCACGUCAUGUACAGGAGAGGCAACACCUUAUGGCCUGACGCCAGAGAUGGCGGCUAAGAAGGGGUUGAAGAACGAAGUCGAUGUUGCCUGUAAAGCCAUGAGAGAGAUGCACCGACGUGGCAUCAGAGUCCUUCCUGGGGGUGAUUUUGGCUUUGCCUGGGCGCCCCACGGCACUUACGCGAGAGACCUUGCGCAUUUCGUCAAUCUCUUUGGCUACACGCCCAAGGAAAGUCUACUGGCGGCUACUGCACUCGGUGGCGAGAUUAUGGGCCACCCAGAGGAACUGGGCAAGGUCCAACCUGGAUACUACGCCGAUGUCAUCCUUGUGGACGGUGACCCGAUUGAAGACAUCGAGAUCUUCCAAGAUACAUCCAAACUGCACGCCAUCGUCCUCAACGGCCACAUCCACAAGAAUGUGGCUGUUGCUGGUGCAGAUGGUCAGAGCAUCACGGCGGAUGGUAUACCAAGCAAGCGUACUAUCUACACGAAUCUGCCACUGGCGCCGGAAGAGGAUCAGAAGAGGUUGGUGGACGAUUUCAAGCAGAAUGGAGUGGGAGUCGAUCCGAGGCAGAUGUGACGCCCAUGAUUCGUGGUCUCUGGGGUAUAUAAUAUAUUUUGGAAGUGUUCCAGUGACUAAUUUCUCUCCAAUUGCAGUAUUGUUCGCUAGCGAAUUAAGACUCUUAGUUGUGUCAAUCUACGAAAAGUUCCAAGUCAGACCUUG